AUGGUAUGUCUAAAGUUCCUUUCGAGGGAAAAUGUUUUCUUGUUACUAACGAUGAAUUUUUUUUUUCCGUUUAGUCUACAUCGUCAAGCCAAGCCCCAGGUGGAUUGAGAAGUGCCGUCAAGAGAAAGACCACGGCUGAGAAAAAGGCUCAGUCGACGAGUGCUACUCCCACGAGCACAAGGUCAGCCGGAGCAGGAGGAAGCUCGUCGACGAUGAUGAAGUUGUUUACCGAUGAAGCGCAAGGCUUGAGAGUGGACCCCUUGGUUGUGUUGUUCUUGGCUGUUGGUUUCAUCUUUUCAGUGAUCAUCUUGCACGUUUUUGCAAAGAUUACUGGAAAAUUCACUUCAUAG